UUUCAAAAUCAAAAAUCAAAAAAAAAAUGUCCAACAAUCAAACACCCUCCUCCUCAUCUGCCUCUACUACCACUUCCGAUAAUACCAAUUUUCAAGAUAAGAGUCAUUGGGAAAACAAGGUAAAAUUCAUGGAACAUUCCAAAAUUUUUCUAAAUUUCUUUGCCUCUGAUUUAAUUCAACGAUCACUUGAUUUGUACUUGAAAAAAUCAACUACACAAGAAAAUUUAGUGAGCAUUCUUGAUGUGGCUACUGGAACUGGACUUGUUCCAUUCAAAUUUAUUGAUGAAAAUAUAGUAUCAUUCGAUAGGAUUUCCUCUUUGAAUGGAAUUGAUUUUGCUCCAAAUAUGAUUGAAGGAGCUGAAUAUAAGAAACAAGCAAGAAUGGAAGAAAAGAAGGAUGAAUUUGAUUGGGAUAAAUUGAAAUUUCAAGUAAUGGAUGGUCAAGAUUUGAAAUUCUCAGAUGAAUCAUUUGAUAUUGUCUAUUCAAAUAUGGGAGUUUUAUUUUAUCCUAAAAUGGUACAAGGUUUAUCUGAAAUUAGAAGAGUUUUAAAAAAAGGAGGAAUGGCAUUCUUAAAUGCAUGGACUGGUGAUUUUCCAACACGUGUAGGAUUCCAUGCAGUGUUUGAUGUAUUACAAAAAGAUGAUAGAUAUGCAUUACCUGUAUUUUCACUUCAAGAUCCAAAGAUUUUUGAAGAACGUUGUAAAGAAGCUGGAUUUGAAAAUGUUGAAAUCAAACAAGUUACUCAAUCACUUAAAUUGAAAUAUUCUGAAUUACAAUAUAUUAUUAAUACUGGUGCUCAAUUUGUUGCUGUAGUUCAGAAAUAUCUUUUAGAAAAUCCUCACAUUACAACAACUGAAAAGGAAUUAUUGGAUAGAAUUGAUCAACUUUCUAGAAAGGCUUUUAAUAUUGUAAAUGAAGAUGAAGAAAUUCAAGUUGUAUCCACUGCCAAUCAAGCUAUUGCUCAACUCUCUCUUCUCAAAAUGGAUGCAGAUGAUACCUAUACUACAAAGGCUAUUAGUGAUGUAGCAUGUCUUCAGGGAGUUGAUUUGUCCAAUGAUGAAACAUUGUUAGCCUUGAUGCCAACUUUAAUUAAAGAAAUUGGUGGUGAAUAUUCGGAAAUUAAUUGGGUAAAGAAUGAUCCAAUUAGAUUUAAAGAUGAAUUACAAAAGAUUUAUGGAACCACUGAUUUGACUAAAAUUGUUAAGGAAUUUAGUUUUUCUGAUGGAAUUAGAACAUGGGGAGGUGGUUAUUCUAGAGGAUCAUAUGUAUUUAUAUUUGGAAAGGAAUUAAAAAAAAUGUUAAUAGAUUACAAACAAGACAAUGAAGGCUUUAAAUUAUCAUCUUCGGAGGAUAUCAAUUCAAUAUUAACAACAUCACCUUCAUCUACAACUACCACUAAUACAAAUAAUAAUAAUAAUACAAUUAAUAAUAAUAGAAUUGAUUUUGCUAAACAAUUUUCAAUGAAUGAUUUCUUUGAUAAAGAGAAGAGGCUUGAAUUUUUAGAAUUAGCCUUUCAUAGAGAGGGUUUAUUUGCAACAAGUCAUCGGAUUGGAUUAAAUGAAAAAUGUGGACUUACCUAUGAUGGACAUCAAAUUAAUUUGGAUAAUUCAUCAAUACAUGAACCACUUCAUGAUUUUUCAUCACCUGCUAAAGAAUCAAUACAUUUAAAUAUGAUAACAUUAGCCUUAGAUGGUAAUGAAUUAGCUAGAAAAUUCUUUUUAUUACCUCUACUUUCUAAAAGUAAUAAUUUACUAAAUAUAGAUAAAUUGAAUGAAAAUGGAAAGAGACUAUAUCAAGAAAAUGAAAAUAUACUAUUAAUUGAAUAUUUAAUUGAUAUUUUAGAAAAGAAAUUUAAAAGUUAUGAAGAUUUUGAUAGAAAAUUUCCAGCCUUCGGAUCAAUGUUACCUUGGUUUAGAGUUAAUGAUGAUGGUGCUGAUAGAAUGCCUGAUUGGUUAUUAAGAAUUCCAUCUUUAGAUAAUGGUCAAUUUAUAUGGUCAUUAAUAGCACUUGAACAUAUUUUAUUAAAAGUAUUCAAUAAUAAUAACAAUACUACUACCAAUAACAACAAUACUACUAAUAAUAAUACUACUAAUAAUGGAAAUUCUAAUAAUAAUAAUUGUAAAUAUUUUAAAAGUAGAGCAAUUUCAAUUGUAAAGAAAAUUCAACAAAAAAUUGAAAUGAUUAAAUCAACAUCAUUGAUAUUAUUUUAUCAUGGUGAUGGUAAAGUGAGAGCAAUAAGUUAUAUUAAAGAUAUAAAUGUAAAUCCAUUAUUAAAUUAUUCAAGAAAUAAUUAUAAAGGAAAUGGUAAAUCAUUUAUUGAUGAUACCUAUGAAGGUGAAAUGAUGGUCAUGUUCAUGUUAUUAUUUGGAAAUUGGAAAAUAUUGGGAAUUGAAGUAUCAUCUAAAUGUGAAUGUGAAAAGAUUUGGAAGUUUAAAUCGAGGAGAAUUAAAAAAGUAAAUUACAAAUCUAAAAAUUAUGGAGAAAUAGCUGUUGAAGAGUGUUAUUGGGCAUCAUCACAUGAGAAAUGGAAAUAUUUAAUAUUACCUUAUAUAGAUUCUGAUAUAAAUAGGAAAAUAUUUGAAAAUGGAGAGAAGGUACGAUUAAUUAAUUCAAUAGAAAAUUCAAUUCCUGGUUUAUUUGCAAGUGUUACAAAACCACAUACUAAAUAUAAUCCAAAAUAUGCAAGUGAAUGUGGAAUACCUUCCAUUUCAAGAGAGAAGGUAAUUUAUGAAAAUAUUGUAACUCCCUAUGCAUCAUUUCCUACAAUUUUAGCAAAUUAUGAAAUUGGAAUGAUUUGGUAUUGGAAUAUGUUAAAUGCAAGUAGAAUGCAAGGUAUUUAUGGAAGUACUGAAUCAAUUCACAUAAAUGGUAAAAAGAUAUGUCCUGUAUUAACAUGGGAUUCAAAAAUUACAACAAUUGUAGCAUUAUGUGGAGGAAUAUUUAACUAUACAAGAGAAUAUAUGAAAAAACAUAAUGUUUACAAUGAAUUUAUUCAAUCAAUAGAUAGAGAAUGGAGUAGAGUAUUUUCAUUAAAUGAUGAAGCAAGUCACAUUUCAUUUACUAAUUUACUACCUUCAAAAUCAAUACCUAAAAUUAAACUUGAAUUUGAUUGGAAGAGUAUUUAA